UGGACAGAUACAAGCAUGAAUAUCCGCAACUGGCUAAAGAUGAAAGAUGUUUACGCCAGUAUAUUUGUGUUAAAAUGCACAAGACAAGCUGAAGCUGACUACCCAACUCCGAGGGGAGCAAAACGGACUGCUCUCAUUAAGUAUGGAGUUGGCUGCUCACUGUUAUUUUUCAUUAUACUCAUAAUCUGGUUCCCACUGUUACUGUUUGCUUUGGGGAACACAGUCGGAAGCACCAACUUGCCAAUAAGCGGCACAUUUGAACUGUCUAUAACGGGUUACGAACCCUUAUUUAGAACCACAGCUUUGAAAGGGGAACAGAUCAAACCCUUCAAUGAUCGCCAGUGGAAGGAACUUGAAGGCGCUGUUGCCGAACUGGCUGAUCCCUCCACAACAAGUUUCUUAACUGGUUAUAGUAGAGAGGAUGCUGUAGUUGUGGAACUUAGUAAUAACUCCACCUCAAUCUGGACCAUCAGCCCUCCGAGUCAAAAUGCUUUGGUGGAAGAGCUGCAGAAAGUGAAUUCCACUGUGAAAAUGACUCUUUCGUGGUCUUUUAUGAGGAAGAAAGAGAAUCAUGGGACAAAUCCCGAAGUAAAAGAUCAAAAAGAACUUGUUUUGACUGAUCCUCAAAAGAAAAAUCUCGCUGCAGCACUCAGUGUCAAUGCCACAACAAUUCCUGGCUCCAUUCCUAAGGCUGUCACUUUAACUGAGUUCUUCCCGAACUUUGUGAAAAUUCCAAGCUCGGGCAGUGCUAUAGUGGUUGAUAAGUUUUAUAAAAAGAAAACUGAUAGAAGCAAACGAUUUUUUGGUCCCACAGAGUUUCGAGGUUUGAAUUUAUCCAUGUGGACCGGUGAUAUGCUGAAUACAUCUGAGUCAUUAAGCACUACCAUCUGACAUUACAUAGAAUGGUGGGAAGUUCGAGAUGUCUGUGAUAUCCCUCCUUACUCAAUAAGUGGAAUUAAUAACUGCGAUUCUUUGUGAUUAGUUGCCUUUAGUGACAAAGCCUUCCCUACUGAAUUAUACAUUAUUUCUGGAUAUGG